AUGGACGUCGGCGGCUUGUCGGACCCUUACGUCAAGAUCACCGUCUACUCUUCUGACAACAAACGACUGAAAAAGAAGAAGACAACCGUCAAGAAAAACACGCUGAACCCUUACUUCAACGAAAGCUUCUCCUUCGAGAUUCCUUUUGAACAAAUUCAGAAAGUCUCAGUUACCAUAACAGUAAACGACUACGACCGAAUGGGCAAAAACGAAGCGAUCGGUAAGCUGACUCUUGGAUGCCACGCUUCCGGUUCAGAAUUGAGACAUUGGAGCGACAUGCUUGCUUCGCCGAGGAGGCCGAUUGCUCAGUGGCAUACGCUUAUGCAAGGAGAAGACUGA